GUGGGUCCAGACGAACUGGGAGAUUCGCUGCCGCGUGCCGGUGGAUCCUGAGACGACGAAAGGCGACAUACGGUGCAGCAUCAAGCCGAACCAGAUGAGCCUCGCCGUCUUCGACGAGGUGAUCCUGGAUGGGCCCUUGUGCGACAAGAUCGACAUAGAGGAGUCUUCUUGGAUUCUGGAGCGAUUGGGGAAGGAGCUGCCGCCAAGGCUCGAAAUCCACAUCACGCUGAAGAAGGAAAGGGAGUCACAGGGUCGGAACCACUGGAACUGCGUCGUGCAAGGCGAGCCAACCAUCGAUGUGGAUCACCUUGGCCCUCCGAUCAAGGUGAUCAACCCGCGUGACCUCGACGCGAUGGCUCUCCUGAAGAGUUGCAACGAGAAUAAGGACCUUCCAUUCUUCAACAUGCGGGACCUGAAAGCCAAUCCUGGCUAA